UUCUAGCAAACCUGCGUGUUCCGGACAAUAUAUGGAUAUGGAUAUUAUGAUAUUUAGAUAUUUAGACAAUUCUCAUAAUUUUUGCAAAAGGCUGUAAAUGCAUCAAAUAGUAAACUUUGUGAAUAGAUAGUAAACUUAUUAACACUAAUAGUGAAUGAUAGUGAUGAAGGUCUUAACCCAACAAGAUCUUUUAAGUUUAGCCUUUUGAGCUUGUAAAAUAACAGAGAACAGUGAACUGGGAUAAAAUUAUAAACAUUUAUUUAGAGUAAAAACGAAAGAAAAGUUGUGGCUUUUUCUCUUUUAAAUAUUGAAUAGUGGAUAGUUUUCUCAUUUUAUCACAACCACAAUUUUGUUUGUGAGGAUGAAGAGAUAGAAUGACCCUAAUCAGAAUUAAUUGCAGAACUAGUCUGAAUUGCUCUGAUUUUAACUUGAGAUUUGGGGGAUUGAACAGACUACAUUUGUACAGGCUAAGAGCAGCUGGCAGUUUAUCAUAAUGGGAAGUAAUUAGAUUCCAGUUAAUUAUCAUUGUGUACAAUUAUAUUAACUUUUCAUUAAUGCCAAAUUUCAAUAAUAAUUUAAGCAGAAUAAGCCAAUACAAUGGUUCUGAAUCAAGGAUGUUUUACUUAAUUAAAGUUUUGGUUGCUUUGAAAGAGCAAAUUCAGAGAAAACAUGUUAAAUGACUUACUGGUAUAAUCGAUCAGAAAACAAUAAGCAACCAACACUGCAGUCAAACAGUUUUAUUAACUAUUUUCAUAUUAUGGUCAUUUUGAGGGAUUCCUGUGACAUAUACUAGUUUUGAGUAUAAAAUCCAAAAGUGCCUGUUACUGUUGUAGAUACACUUUAGCCAUUGGUGUAUUUUAUGGGACAGGUUAUCCUUGUGAUCAAAUCUGGUUCAAUACCUUAUGCAUUAUAUUCACAAUUGAGCACAAUUUAUGAGGUCAYGUACUUCCUUCUGAUCACUGCAACGGAUAACUCGCAUGUAAGUAGGUUAUUGUAGACUUCAAAUAUAUCUAUGCUGGUAAUUAUUAUAGAGGUAUGUUAUAGUUUCUAGAUAGAGAUAGGAGGGGGUCUGGUGCUUAAAGUAAUUAAAAAGUGUGGCUCCAGUGUCUGAAGCCACUCUUGUUGAAAUAUCACAAACAAUAUGAAUUCUUUCUUCUGGUCCCUUCAGAUUGCAGGGUUUAUCRAACUAUAAUUUCAUAUUAAUGCCCUUGUAAUUACUUGAACUACAAUAACAAGAGAAUGUUCAAUUUGAUAUGAAUGCAGUGUUAUCAAUUAAAGAAAAUGUGCAUGUUGAGGGAGUCUGUGUUUUAUAUAAAUCAAAGACACUGGGAAAGGUUGAUUGCAGCAAGUGAUUGUCACAUUCAUUAAAGUUCUAACUUUGUUCAUAAUUAUAGAGGACUAGAGCUUUUGUACCUCGUGGAUGCUGUAACGAAGCCUUAACUUUCCAUGACGUGUGUCAUGACGUAAUCAAAUGGUAUUUUUUAUCGAUUUUCUGACAAGGAUUAGCGUUUAAACUUUUUUUCGUUUUUCAUAUGUAAAAACGUUACUAUGUGUUCUCCGUUUUCAGCACAAAACUGGCGUCGAGCGAGCGCCGAACUUUCYUCAAUUCCACUACUUCCCAUUCGACGACAUUCCAGUCCGAGCGGCGGGACUGUCAAUGCGGAAAAUACAUCGUUUGAUUGUCAAAGUGAAAGUUUUAGGACGUUCACCUCCAUUAAUGGGAUCAUCAGUCUUGCCAGACGUCAAAGUCAAGACGAAAACUCUCUUUAUCAUAAAGUUGUGUUUCUUUGCAAGGCAAACUAUGGCCUUCUGUUAACGACAAUGUCCGGCGUUCUGUUCGCCUUAGCGUCGCUAUUUGUCAAAUUCUCAAACACUACCAUACCUGCCUUUGAAAUCAUCUUUGUGCGCUUGGUUAUMCAAACUUUGUUUGUCAUUCCUCCGGCUAUAUACUCGAGAGCCAACCUAUUCGGGGAGAAAAAACACCGCAUUUAUCUCGUCAUCUUUGGAGCGAUUAACUUUGCUUGUAUCUCGUCGAUAUAUGGGGCGUUUACGCUCCUUCCCCUUGGCGAUGCUACUGUGAUCAUCUCCACUACUCCAGUGUUUACCGCCAUUAUGGCUUACUUUGUACUCAAAGAGGCAUGGCACAAACACGACGCUGUUUCCACAUUCUUUUGUUUGGCAGGAAUCGUGCUUAUUACUCGACCGACAUUUAUAUUUGGUAAUCAAUCAAAUCACCCCAGUCAUGUGACAAAUGCACAUCGUCUCAUGGGCUACAGUGUAGCAUUAUUUGGAGCAAUUAUUCAGUCAGUAACCUUUAUCGUUGUCCGUGGUUUUGGCAACUCGAUCAGUUUCUUUACUUCAGUGUUUUACUUUGGCUGGUGUAGCGCUAUCUUGUCAGGUAUUUCGAUGUUUAUUUUCCAAACCCCAGUGUUACCGGACUGUGGGCCUGCGCGGUGGUACUUGCUUUCUGUAGCUAUUUUUGGAGUGUUGGGAAGCCUUUGUCUUAACCGCGGUCUUCAGAUGGAGAACGCUGCGCCAGCAGCACUGAUGAGAAAUGUAGACAUCCUGUUYGCCUUUGUGUUUGACGUGGCAUGUUUUGGCGAGCAGCCCAGUCCGUUAACCGUUGUUGGUGCUCUGAUUGUCUGUCUGUCUACAACUGGUGCAGUUGUCUUGAAAUGGUACAGAUCACGUGGUACAAUAAUGCUCUAAACCGUGGCUGUAUUUCUGAGGCAAGCGGAAAGAGGAACAGCUGCGCGCGUCUGAGUUAUAGAUAGCAGAUAUCAAGUGCAUAAAAAAUGUUAGAAGUUUCUCGUUUCUCGGUCACRUUACAACUCAGACAUUUUGAAUUAAAUUGUCAAUUAAAUAAAUAAAACCCAUUAGACUAUCUGGUCCAAAAUCAAUAAAAGAAAAGCUCAAUUACU